AUGCAUGCAAACCGACACAUUCCACAGCCCCCUCACAGUGCUGGGGAACCCUACAAAGGAACGCCAUCAGCCUGGUUACGCGCUCGGAUCGACCCAAGUCAGAUGCCAUCUCCGAUUGACAUGAUAGAAUCAGACAAGGAGCAAUGGGAAGGACAAGCAUUCAUGACAUUACCCGGGAACAACCCGCCGUUAUCAACAACCGACUUCACAGCGUUUGACCAAGGAAACUCGAGCCCAAAAUACGUUAGAGUAUCAACAUGGAACGUUCCAAGCUCCUCUCACCUGGCGAAAGAGUGCGAUAUCCCCCUUGCGGCAAUUUUUCAACCCUUCGCAGAUCUUGAUCCUCGCGAAGAGUCGAUCCCGGUCGUGGACUGCGGUGAUACGGGUCCUCCUCGGUGCGAGGAGUGUAGAGCGUACAUCAAUCCUUGGUGUGCGUGGACUGCUGGUGGAUGCAGAUGGAAAUGCAAUCUUUGCGGUCACGAAACUCAAGUAUCGCCGGAUUAUUUUUGCAAUUUGGACGCAAAUCUCAUGCGAAUGGAUCUUCCAAACCGCCCUGAAUUGAACAAGGGAACUGUUGACUUCGUCGUCUCAGGAAAAGAAUACUGGGCACCUCCACCUUUACCAAGGAUGAAUUCAUCCUAUUUCUCAAUCGACCCUCCUUCCUCUCAAGCACGCGAGCCGAAAUCCCUGAACUACCUUUUUGCACUCGACGUCUCCCUGGACGCCAUACGAACGGGAUUUCUCAAGUCCGCCUGCGUUGUUCUGCGAGAUGUGAUAUACGGCAGUACUUACCUCGAUGGGACUCAGUCGGAGCCGGCCUUUCCCCGGGACUGCCAGCUUGCGAUUCUGACAUAUGAUACAUCUUUGCACUUUUACAAUCUGUCUCCAGCGUCAUCGCUGGCGAGCAUGAUUGUGGUCUCCGAUUUAGAGGAAGUCUUUAUUCCUUUGCGUGAGGGCUUGUUCGUAGAUCCCUGGAAAUCCAGGACCGCCAUCGAAGGUCUACUUGAGGCAUUACCGGAACGUUACCUAGAUACCGUCAUUGGUAAUGCAGCGCUGGGGGGUGCGCUACUUGCUGGUCUAGCUUCGCUCGCAGGUCGAGGGGGUCAUAUCAUUGCUUUCCAGAGUGUCUUACCUGCAACUGGACCCGGUGCUCUGGAACCACCAGGUGAUCAGGCAUCAUUAUAUGGUACGGAGAAAGAGCGAACUAUGUUUCUCCCGCGUCACCAGACAUGGAGAGACAUUGCUGAGGAGUGCUCAGAGGAGGGUAUUGGAGUGAGCAUGUUCCUUGGGAUGAGCAAACCCAUCGAUGUUGGAUCUAUUGGUAUCGUAUCUUCUGCCACUGGCGGCGAACUGUUUUUCCAUCCUAGGUUCAACCCUGCACGAGACCAACACGUUCUGGCUUCUCAACUACGGCGUUUACUAACUAGGACGACAGUGUAUAAUUGUUUAUUGCGCGUACGGUGUUCCAACGGCCUUCGAAUAUCGAAGUACUAUGGCAAUUUCCAUGAACGUUCUCUGUCUGACUUGGACAUUGGAGUCCUUGACGCCGACAAAGCCAUAUCCGUACAUAUUGAGCACUCGCGGAAGUUGGAUGCUCGGGAAUAUGCUUUCUUGCAGUGUGCUGUGCUGCAUACAACACCAGAUGGUCAACGCCGUGUCCGAACAUGUAACCUUGCCUUGCAAGUGGCAGACUUGGCCGCCAAUAUUUUUAGGUAUGCUGAUAUGGAUGCCGUAGUGUGUCAUUUGGCAAGGGAAUCUAUGACAAAACUGACUUCACGGCGAAUGGUUCACAUUCGAGAAGAGUUGACCGAUAGAUGUUCGUCGAUAUUGCUCGGCUAUAGGCGAAAUUGUGCGGCUGCUACCGCUCUAAUUAUACCUGAAGCAUUUCGAGCUCUACCUGUAUACACUCUAGCGAUCGCGAAGUGCAAACCCCUCAAAGGUCGUAAUGUGUCCGCGGACGUGCGCAACUAUCACGCUCAGAAGAUCCUAUCUAUGGGUGUGCGCACCACAAUGCAGCAUCUCUAUCCCCGCCUUCUGGCGCUGCACGACCUGGCUGACAACGUAGCGCUUCCAGACCCCACAACAGGUCAGAUGUCGUUUCCGUCACUAAUGCGGGACAGCCAUACCUAUAUGGAAGCACACGGUCUUUAUCUAAUAGAUAACGAAGAUCUCAUGAUAUUUUGGGUCGGUUCCAGUGUGUCCCCACAAUUGCUUCUCGACCUAUUUGACGUGGACGACCUCCUGGCUCUGGAUCCGGAUACUAUCCAGCUCCCUGUUCUUGAUACUCGAUUGUCGGCUCAGGUCAGAAAUAUACUGACGCACCGCUACGCUCAACGAGGUCGCACUCCGAAGAUGCUCCUCGUCCGCCAAAAUAUGGACGGUACGGAAAUCGAAUUCAGCGACAUGCUUGUCGAAGACCAGAACAACGCUGCCAUGGCAUAUUUAGACUAUUUAUGCUUGAUUCAUAAGCAGAUUAACGCUGUGCUUACAAACGGCGAGUCAUUAUCUGGAGGCUCGAGCUUACGAGGAUCCCCGUGGUAA